GCAAACUGAAAAAUACAACCGGAUGCAGAAGGACAGCCUGGUAUUUUUUGGCAUAUGCCUACUGCAUUUGACACACUAUGGGACAUACUCAAUAUUUUUCUUCAGUACUAAAUAUGGAUAUUGAGAAGCACCAGCCACUUGUCACCAAUAAUCUGUUAACUCCACUCAAAUCACUAACUCGCCGGAACAAGCCCCUUCUUAAGCCCAACCCCUUCAGGGUUGUUAUUUUUUAGGUUCAAAGUUCACAAGCAUUUACAGCUUGCAAAUUAACAAUCUGGUCGAAAGAAUACAAAUAAAAUGGACUUCAGAGAACUUAAGUAUUUCCUUACAGAUAAAAAAAUCCUUAUGCUGGCUGGAGGAGCAAGUUUAACUGCAGUUGUUUUGGGACUUGGGUAUAAGUACUUACUAAAGCCAGAGAAAGUUACCCGUGUCGGAAUUGUGUCACAGCUUCUCAUUCACCCACUUAAAUCGGGAAAAGCUGUAUCCGUGGCCUUAGCAGAAUGUCAAGAGAUUGGCCUGAAGUAUGGAGCACUUCAAGAUCGGCACUGGCUGGUGGUGACGGAGGAUGGUCAGAUGGUGACGGGCAGACAGCAGCCGCGCUUGGUCCUGGUGGCUUUGACCGUGGAAGGACAACAGGUGUGUCUGAACGCCCCGGACAUGGAGACGCUGACGUUCCCUGUCACACAGCCAGACAACGCCAUCAAGGACUGCAGAGUGUUCAGUGUGGACAUUCAAGGCAGAGACUGUGGUGAGGAGGUCUCUAGCUGGCUCACUCGGUACCUGGCUGCAGAGAAGGCUGUUCGCAUGGUGCACUUUGAACCCCAAAUGAACCCCAGGAAACCCGGAGAGAAAGAGCCUCUCUUCCCUCAACAAACAAAGAUUGCGUACCCCGACCUGGGGCCGAUCAUGCUGUUGUCUGAGUCGUCAGUGAACGACCUCAGCAGCAGACUGGACAGCAAAGUAACGGUGGCCAGGUUCCGACCCAGUUUAGUCAUCAGCGGAUGUGAAGCAUUCGAUGAGGAUUCCUGGGACGACAUCCAGAUUGGCAAAGUCCGACUGCAUCGUGUUAUGGCCUGUGGAAGGUGCAUUUUCACUACUGUGGACCCAGAGACCGGAGUGAUGAGCAGGAAAGAACCACUGGAUACUCUUAAAAGCUACCGCCAGUGCAAGCCGGACGAGAGAAGCAUUUACAAAAUGUCUCCUCUCUUUGGACAGAUGUACACGGUCAGGAAGACUGGCGUCAUGCAAGUGGGAGAUGUUGUGUAUAAGAUCAGUCGCUGAGAUGGUCACCUCACUUUGGAGGUUUGAUGGAUGAGAACAAGGAUUUGUCAGUCAACACAAGUAGUUCUUUAAGCACUUUAAUUGAGUAGUAACUGAAAGGAUCAACUAACAUUGGAGCUUUUGGGAAUGUUUUAGGGAGACGUUAGGAUGAGCUAAGAUUAGGAAAGUAAAUAAAUAAUAAUGAAAUUGUGAAGAAAUGGUGUUGUACUCAUUUGUUUGGUGCUUCAUUGACUGCUUGUUUGUGGCGAAAGUGUAUUUUGUUGUUUUCACCCAGCUAAAAGGAGAUGGGAUGUUGGCCAUGGUACACCAUAGACUCGACAAGUAAAGAGAGGAUAUCGAUUUUAAUUCAGUGCUAGUAAACCAGACAAAUAACUUUCAGUUCACUUUUCCUGGGGGGGGGGGGAUUCUUCACUGUUGGAGUCUCAUCUCAUUGUCAUGAUAUUAUAUGUAGUCUUCAUGGUGUCAGACUCACUGACUCCUCUGUCUGACUAGAGGAGUCUGUCACUAUGCACCUGCAGUUCCAUUUCCUGUCCACCAGGGGGAAGCAUAGCAUUACUUGAGAUUUCUCCUGUCCAAUGGUUUCAGUCAGGCCAUUUGAAAAUGGGAAAAUGUCAGCUCCUCUCUCAAUAAAUGUGAUCUGAUCUUCUUUCUGUAGCAGAAUAGUGGCAGUUUUGUUCACCUUUCAUCUCCCUCCCACUCAAUAUCCCAGUUUUGAAAAUGUCUGAUAAAUAUCAUCACACCUGCU